AUGUACCACUACGAAGAGCUCGUACUGGCAUCACGUGAGGCAAGAAAAGUGCUUGUUUGUGGUUCGAUUCAUCCCGAAGGACUCGGAAAUGUGAAACGUUGGCUAUCCACAAAAACUUACAUUGCCGCCCUCAAGCGACAAGAAGCAAAAAACAAAAGUAGCUUUUUCAAGUGCAUGUCUUUCGUUCCUGCCCCUCAGCAGGCAAAUGCCGCUGGCAACAACAAUGCUCCAAACGCGGUGAACUCCUCUACUGCCGCACCUGCGGCAGAUACUGAAACAACUGAUAAGGACCUCCUGUUCAAGCUUCGUACUUUCGAUGUUUACUGGGUCGAUAAAGAAGCCCUGAUGUACCGGGAUGGUAUUGACAAAACAUUUGACCGUGAAACCAAAAAGAAGGUUAUUACCAUCAAGCGCCGUUCCUCCAUUCCUGUCAUCCUCCGUGAUAUGGCACCUCCUUCUGGUUCCAUCUUUGACCCCGCAAUCAAGUGGGGAGAAGAGAAAGAACGUCGUCGCAUUGAAGAAGAAAAGGACAAUGAAGAAAAGAUGGCCGCUGCUGCUGCUGCCAAAAACAAAAAGAAGAGCGGAAAGAAGCAAGACAAGAAGAAAUCCGCAGCCGAUUCCAUCAAGGAGUCUAACGCUGCAGAUAAGAUCAAGAAGGAUCAUACUCGUGAUCUUGAAAAACUCUCCAACCUGCGCACUCUCAAGCUUCUUCAAGAGACGACUUGUGACACCAUGAGUGGAAGGAUCCAUCGCAUGAUCAAGAUGCUUCAUCUUGCUGUCUCUGAUCUCCGACAAGGAGCUGUCACCUCCAGUGAAGCCGAGGUGUUGGAUAUCCUAUGGGCUCUUGAAGAGAUGCCUACUUUCAAGAUUGCUGACGAAGAAGUCGCCAAGGAAAAGGAAGCCAAGAAACAAGAGAAGAAGACUGAUAAGAAGGAUGACAAGAAGCCCAAGAAAGACAAGAAGGAUAAAAAGGAUAAGAAGAAGGACAAGAAAGAUGAACCGGCCGAGAAGAUCGAGAAGAUUGUUCUCAGUGCUGAAGCUCAGUCCUUGAAGAAUCUCUACAAGGAUGGUGGUGAUAACCGUGGUUCUUACAAGGACUCCUUGAAGUAUGCACGCAAGCUCAUGAGCGGAAAGGAAAACUUGAUUUCUUUCCAGUUGACCGAGAUGGCCGAUCGUUUGCCACCUCUCAGUCGCUACAACCGAAAGUUCCAGUUGGAACCAUGGCAAUGUGAUAUCUUGCAAGCCAUUGACAACCGAGAAUCGGCUGUGGUUUGUGCUCCAACUUCUUCUGGAAAGACUUUGUUGAGUACUUACACGUGUAAGAAUGCUCGUGGAACAGUCUUGUUUGUUCUUCCUAGUGAAGUGUUGGUCUGGCAAGUUGCCUCCACCUAUUACCAAUUCUUCAAGGGUAAUGUAACUGUCUGUACCGAUCAGAUUACCUUCCAAGAAGUCACUGGUGACGCUCAAGUGUACAUUGGAACACCCCUUGCUUUGGAACGUAGUUUGAGUAAGGUUCGCGGUAUUGCUGGUGACGAAAUGACCAAGGGAGAACGUGAAUUCAUGAUCCUCGAUGGUGGAUACAAACAAUUCGAUUACCUUGUUCUUGAUGAGGUGCACACAUUGAAUGGUCCCGAGGGAGAUGCCUUGCAACGUUUGAUCAAGUGUUGCAACUGUCCCGUACUUGCUUUGAGUGCUACCAUUGGAAAUGCUAUUCAAUUGAAGGACUGGUUUGCCAACGUCUUGAACAUGCACAUUCAAUCCACAGUGGUUGAUGAUCAAGAGGAGAAGGCUGAGGUUAUUCUAAAGGAACAUUAUGCCCGUUUCAUCAAUUUGCAGCGAUACGUUGUAACCAAGCAAGAAGGAAAGGAUGGAAAAGUAAAGGCCAAGUUGGUCAAAUUGCACCCUGUUGCUGCCAUGACCGCCGAACGUCUACAAAACGAGCCUGAAUUGGUUUCGGCCUUGUCCAUGACUCCCUCUGAUAUGAUGACUCUCUGGAAGAGACUCAAGUCCAUGUUCCCCGGUACUAUUCUUGAGGAUUUGGAUGACCCAGAUAACUUCUUUGCACAAUACGUUGACGAAAGCAAGCGUAUUACUUUGAAUCAAACCAAGGAAUAUGAGACCAGGUUGAAGAAGAGAUUGGCUACCAUCUCUCAAUCUCACCCUGAAUUGUACGAAAAACUUCGCACAGCUCAAGAGCCACCACCUUUGGAAGCCAAGAAAGAUGUCAGCGAAGAGCUUUGCGACGUCAUUGAGCAGCUCAAGGCUAACGAGUUGUUGCCAGCUGUUGCUUUCCAACUGAACACUUACGGGGCUUUCGAUAUGUUUAAGAAUGUCUUGGGACGCCUCGAGAGUGACCAAAUGGCUGAAUUCCCAAACUACCGAAAGGAUCUCAUCAAGCUAGCAAAGGAGAAGGCACAAAUGAGAAAAGUUGCUGCUGGACGUGCCAGUCGUGAAAAUGCUGCCGAGGCAGAGGAAGAUGCCAAGUCCGGUUUUGUUGACGAAUCCAUGGUCAACGAAGAUACCACCAGACCUCAUGACAAGUACGUCUUGUCGUCGGCUGGAAAGCGAUUGAACUUCAACGAAGUUGAAGGAAUCAUCGCUGACAUGAAGAAGUCCGGUGAAAAGGUCGACAUCAACCACGCUUUGAUCCGUGGUCUUCGUCGUGGUAUUGCCAUCUACACUAACGAGGUGGGAUUCUCGUGCUACCGCCGACAAGUUCAGAUGCUUGCCCAACAAGGUCGCUUGGCCGUUGUCUUUUCUGAUUCAGCUCUUGCUUAUGGAGUCAACAUGCCUUUCCGUUCGUGUGUUUUCUGUGGUGAUAUGGGUGAAGAGUUGACCCCAUUGAUUGCCCAACAGAUGCAAGGUCGUGCUGGACGCCGUGGUAUGGAUGUUCAAGGUAACAUCAUUUACCUUGGAAUGGAUUGGCCUUACAUUGAGAACCUCAUGCUUGGACAAAUCAGCCAUGUCAAUGGUAAGGAACCCAGAUACCCAAUCAUGGCAUUGCAAGGGGCUCUUGCUGCAUCCAAUAAUCCAGACGAUACCAAGAUGUUCAUUCACGAUGAAGCUGAUUCGGCAGCUUUUGCAACUGCUAUUCGCAAGAUUCACCGAAAUCAAAACUGCUUCCCUACUGUUUCCGACGAACAGAUGGAGUGGAUGACGAACACUUCUCUUGGAGACUUUUGCCAAAACAAAGAAUCCAACGAGUAUUUGGACUUGUCUCGCAAUGUCAUCAAGACUCUUGGCUACAUCGACGAGGACAAUACUCUUGCAAUGGACCACAAUGUUUUGACAAUGGUCUGGGAGAUGCACGAUUACAUGCCAGAAGCCAUCCACCUCUGUGCUAUUCUCGAAUCAUUGUACCUCCGCUUCAGUUACCAGAAGAGUAAGACCUUCAAGGAAAGUGACUCCACUCAAAACGAGUUGCUAUCUAUCUUGAUUCACAUCUUGGAUCGUCAUCCACCUCCGGAAGGAGAGGAAAGCUUGCAACAAUUGCUCCGAAUUGAAGCUUCGGAGGAUGGCAAGCAAAACAUGGAAGCUCAUGCGCUAUGGGUUGAAACCGAAGAAACGCUUCGCAAGCAGAACGAGCUGAUCAACGGCAUGGAUAUUCCAGAAGAACAAAAGGCCAUGAUGCGCCUUGUCAUUCCUCCCUCUUCGGAAGAGGGUGGUAUUGGCCCAGCCUUGGACAAGGGAGUCUAUGAAAUGUUGGUGUCGAAGCAAAAGGGUUUCAAGCCAGAACAAACCACCGCUCGUCGUAACGAGCUCAAGAACCGCAUUGUCACUCUUGGACACAUUUGCCAAAUCGCUCACAACAACUUGCAACAACCUCAUGGAGAAAUGGAACAAUUGGAGGUCCACUUCCGUCGUAUGUUCAGCAACAUCAAGUACAGUGUUGCGGAUAUGAUGAACCAAUUGACUGAUCAAGAAGAUUUGACUGAGAUCUAA